AUGACUGUAACAGAGAACGGAAGAGUCGAUGUUGAGUUCAAGACUCUUGACGGCUUGACGCUGCGAGGAUGGCUCUUUCCCGCAGCUCAACGUGGCCCAGGAAUGAUCAUGUCGCCGGGGUUUAACAUGCCGAAGGACGCGAUUCUCCCCGAUCUCGCCAAGUGGUUUCAAGGACGAGGCAUUACUUGCCUCUUGUAUGAUCCAUGCGGACUCGGUGCAAGCGAUGGAGAACCUCGAAACGACAUUGAUGCCCGAAGGCAAGCGGAACAUCUGCAUGAUGCAAUUACGUGGUUCCUCGAGCAGCCUCUGGUGGAAGAAGACAGAAUUGCUCUGUGGGGUUUAUGCUUUGGCGGCAAUGUUACUCUAUCAGCAACCGCGUUUGACAAACGAGUGCGGGCUGCGAUAGCAGUUGCGCCAUUGAUCGACUCGACAGGGCUCCCAGAACGGCGUCAGCCGAUUCUAGAGCUUGCCAUGCAUGAUCGCGCUGCUCGCUUGGCUGGAGAAGAGCCUCUGUAUCUUCCGUACGUAAACGAAGACGGGAGCAUUCCCAAUGGCUUGCAGAUAGCCGCCGAGAUGAUGCCCGCACUCGAAAGGCUCGGCAUACCUGUGGAGAAUAGAAUCUCGGUGCAGACAUAUUACAAGAGUCUGUCGUGGAACCUGAUGAACAUCAUCCAGCACGUCUCUCCGACACCAGCAAUGAUGGUGACACCUGAAUUUGACGUUUCUUGUCCGACAAAGGAGCAGCUAGCUUGUUUUGAACAGAUGGGUGAGCCGAAGGAACUGGAUAUUUUGAAGGGCAAGGGUCAUCUGGACUGGAUUUUCGGGGAUGUCGAGAGUAUCUUGGAGCGACAGCUAGACUUCUUGAAGCGACGGAUGAAAUUCUAG